UCAUCUAAUAUCUCGCUGAUUGCUGCCCGCCCACCCCCUAUGCCACCGUCUUCUCUCUGAAGAUGAGUUCACAUGCGACGCCAGAGCCCCCUUCUGGCUCUUCUAGCAUCAAGCCGAAUCCCAUCCUAAUCCGCGCCCUCUCGCUCUCCCUUUCUCCCAGGGAAUACGAGCUCAUCCACAACAGCUUGGUUAAGAGACUUCCCCCAAAGCUCAAAGGCCGGACGAUCUCCCCUGAUACUGUCACUGCUAUCGCCGAAUCUCGCGACCAAUACACUACCGAAGCGUUCCGGUCUUCGUUGCGAGUAUUCCUGGUUACGGGCGCCAUAGGGAAUAUUGCGGAGAUUCUAGCGAAACUCCUGCAAAAAAACCCACAAACUGCACCGAAAGGUACCAUUUUCCGGCUGUCGCUUUCUCAUUCUCUAUUCGUCCUUGCGAAUCGCCUCUUAUAUCGAUUCUUCUCUCGAUUGCGUGCCAAUCUUCGCACCGAAGAUGCCCGUCCAUUUCGCAAACGGAAUCCGCGCAUAGCGAAGGCUUUGACUUGCAAAUACACACCCGCCAUCGGGGCCAGUCUAGCUUGCUUCAUCCUUGGACUCUAUCCACGGGCCCAGCUUCGCAUAACGGCUGCGAUAUAUACGACGACGAGGGCAUUGGAGUUCGUAUACAAUGCGCUUCGGGAAAAAGGGUGGUUCCGGAAUAAGCCAUGGUGGGUUGGAAGCUGGCUACUCAUGCCGCUCUCUUGCGCACAGUUGUUCCAUGCAUUCACUUUCGACAGAGAAACAAUACCAAAGUGGUUCGGUGAUUUUAUCCUGAGAUUUUCACCGGGAUAUAUACAGGAUCGUCCAGAGGGCUUUCCCACGGAAUUACGCUGGCCAGACAAAUAUGAGACUGUUGACGCGUUGGCAAAAAUUUCGGAAUUGAAGUGGCCCACAUCCAGCGGUGUCAUCAUUAUCGUGCGCUCUCCUCCAUCCGAAAACCCCGUCAUGCCUCACUGCGUUUCUCCAGCAAAAUCUCCUCUCCAUCCCCCUCCUUGCGCGUUCCGUCAGCAAGUCCACCCAAUCGCUAGCAUCAACGCUUUAUCUCGCAAGAUCCUGUCCUGGACGGCAGUUCUAUCAGCCGCCAUCGGAUCCGCCUGGGGUAGCAUCUGCUUCUUCAACGGCGUUCUGCCGCGCUCUGUCCUCCGAACUCAGCGAUUCUACCUUAGCGGCGCGCUCGCCGGGGCGCCAUUCAUGUUCUUUGGUGCCGCAGGCUAUCGGUCACAUUUUCUCUAUUUCUUCCGUCUUGCUAUAGCCUCGGCGUGGAAGGCCGGAGUCAAGCGAGGGCUAUGGCGUGGAUGGAAGGGCGGAGAGCUGUGGGUCUUGGCCGUUUCGUGGGCAGUGAUAGGCGCUGUUUUGGAGAGUCAUCCAAACGCGAUUGCGGGACCAGGAUUCAGAAAAGCUCUGGCGUGGAUUCGCGGGGACGGAUAUACGGAUCUAGCAGAGCUUCGGGCGAAGAAGAAGGGAAAGAAGCCAGCUGUGGAGUAA